GGCUUCAACUUUAUGUGUGCGUGACUGAAAGAGGAGUCGAGUCCUGUUUGCCGACAUGUCCUCGCUGUAUCAGAGAUUCGCGGGGAAGAUUAACACGAGCGAGUCGUUCCCCAACCCUCCGGAGGCGAACCAUCUCCUGGGGAGAGGUGGCGACGCGGAGAGGGCAGCGGGGAGCCACAGAGCCCGGCUUCAGCAUCGCUCCCAGCGCGCGCACUGCGACGAUGAGGAAGAGCUGGUGGGCAGUAACCCUCCGCAGAGGAACUGGAAGGGAAUAGCGAUCGCCCUCCUUGUCAUUCUGGUCAUCUGCUCGCUGAUCGUCACCUCCGUCAUCCUGUUGACACCAGGUGAAGACGACCGCUUGGCUCUGAAGGGCAAGGUGACGGUUGGAGACCUCUUCCGAAAAGACUUCAAGGUUCAUGACCCGAACGCCGAGUGGAUAAGCAAUAAUGAGCUACUGUACCGUAACCGAGAUGGCGAUGUUGUGAAGUACAAUGUUGACACUGAUGAGCAAACCAUCUUGGUGCAUAACAAGAAAUUUGAAAUGUACAAAGCCAGCAAGUAUGAGGUGUCCCCUGACAUGAAGCACGUGCUGCUGGCCUACAACGUUGCACCGGUGAGCUUUUCAUUUAGACAUUUAACUUCCUGGUGCUUGUGUUCUCUCUAUGUUCCGGAGACGUGGAAUCUGAACCCUCCAGAGGUGCGGAACGCUCAGCUGCAGUACGCGGGCUGGGGGCCUCAGGAUCAACAACUGAUUUUUUUGCUCCCUUCAAACAUUUAUGGAGCAUCCUUACCAGAUGCCCGAACCAUCUCAAUUGGCUCCUCUCGAUGUGGAGGAACAAUAUUUAACAACUUGUCUUCCUGGAGUCUUCCUGAGAAGGAGAUUUUCCACUCAUACGUAGCCCACUGGUGGUCUCCUGAUGGUGCCAGGUUAGCCUACGCCACCAUCAACGACACGCUGGUGCCCAAAAUGGAGCUGCCCAUGUUUACAGGCUCACCCUACCCAACAGGAAAGGAGUACCCUUACCCUAAGGCCGGUGAGGAAAACCCAGUUAUCACGCUGUACGUCGUGAACCUUAACGGCCCUCUGCACACCAUCGAGAUGAGGAGACCUGAAGAUCCCAGGAUCGGAGAUUACUAUGUGACGAUGGUGAAGUGGGCCACCACCACCAAACUGGCCAUUAACUGGUUGAACAGAGCCCAGAACAUCUCCAUGCUCACGCUGUGUGAGGCCACGACGGGCCUCUGCACCAAGAAACAUGAAGAUGAAAGUGAAGGGUGGCUCUACAGGCAGAACGAGGAACCUUUGUUUUCCAAAGAUGGUCUGAAGCUUUUCUUUACCCGGGCCAUUCCUCAGGGAGGCCGGGGCAAGUUCUUCCACAUCUCCAUGUCUAUCUCCCAGCCCAACACCAGUACAGACACACUGCAGACCAUCACGUUCGGAGACUGGGACGUCACUCAGGUCCUGGCCUACAACGAGGACAGCCAACUGAUCUACUUCUUGAGCACUGAGGAUGACCCAAAACGGAGACAUCUGUACAGUGCCGACACGUUCGGAUCGUUCAACCACCGCUGCCUGUCGUGCGCCCUGUCUGACAGCUGUGGCUACAUCAGCGGCUCCUUCAGCCACAACAUGAGCUACUUUCUGCUCAGCUGCCAGGGGCCUGACGUUCCUUUUGUGGCCGUUUACAAAACCCAAAGAGAUGCAGAAAGUGAGACUCAAGACAGAGAGAGUAUUUCUGAAGUUUUUAAACUGGAGACCAACGAGAACCUGAGGCUGACACUGGACUCCAUGCAGAUGCCCACAGUGGAGUACAAGGAGAUCAAUAUGGACGACUACAUCUUGUCCUUGCAGAUCCUGAGACCUGCAGGCUUCAUGGAGACGUCCCGCUACCCGCUGCUCCUGCUCAUCGAUGGGACACCUGGUGGCCAAAUGGUGUCUGAGCAGUUUGUUCUGGACUGGGAUACCGUACUGGUGAGCAGUUUCGGUGCCAUCGUGGUCCGUUGUGAUGGGCGAGGCAGCGGCUUCCAAGGCACCAAUGUUCUGCACCGGAUCCAGAAGAGACUGGGCGAGGACCUGGAUCAGAAGGAUGCUCUCAACUGUGUUGUACCUCAGGUUUACGGAGGCUACGUGACCAGCCUGUUGCUCAGAGGGGAGGAGUCUCCUAUAAAAUGUGGAGCCGUCCUCUCACCCAUCACGGACUUUGAAUUAUAUGCCUCUGCUUUUUCUGAGAGAUACCUGGGGCUGCCUAAACCGGAUCCAUCGGCAUACACAAAAGCAAAUUUAGCAUAUAGAGCGUCUCGAUUCAUGGAUAAGAAAUUCCUUAUCAUCCACCCAACAGCUGAUGAGAAAGUUCAUUUUCAACACACAGCAAAGUUCAUCUCCCAGCUCAUUAGUGAAAAGGCCAACUAUACCUUACAGAUCUACCCUGAUGAAGGCCACUUUAUUCACAGUGAAGCAACAAGGCAGCACCUGAGUCAGUCCCUGGUGAAUUUCUUCGAAGAGUGCUUCAGGCUACCAGAAAGAGUGUUUGAGGAGGAUAUGGACGAGGAGGUCGAAGACGAGGGUUAG